AUGAAUUUUAAUCUGUCCUUUGAAGACGAUUUUGAAGGAGAGUUUGGUGCAGUGAAACUUAUACCUAUAUCGGCCCCACCACACGAUGAGGAAAAAGAAAAAGAAGAUGAUGAUGAAACUCGACGUCUGGGAUCAAAGUCAAAGUCAAAGUCGAAGAAGAAGAAAAUGACGAUAAUGAAGAAAAUUAUGGAGACAAAACGAGACACCAAGAGAGACUUUCCCGACAAGGACGUUGAUUCCAAGGUUAAACUGGCAAAAAAGUAUAAAAAGGUAAAACACAUCAAGAUUCGUGAUGUUCUUUUAAAUGAUGACGAUAUUUUCAAUCAAACAUCGCAACUGAUGGACUUUGAUUUUGGUGAAGACCCUAAUUCAACCUUGAAACCUCUAAAAUCACCACUGAGAGAAACAAAUCUGUUUCACCCCGCGAAAUCUGAUGUAUUUGAAUACACUGCUCCUAGAAUAACACUAAGAGAUUCUCAUUCACAUUCUCAAAAUCAAACCCAAAAUCAAACCCAAAACCAAAGCCAAAACCAAAGCCAAAGCCAAAGCCAAAGCCAAAGCCAAAGCCAAAGCCAAAGCCAAAGCACUAUAUUUGAGGAAGACGUACAAAAGGUCAAACACCAAGUUUUGUCACAAUUGAGUGCCACUUUUACCUCGUCAGUUGACUCAUUCCUUGAACAGGAACGCACUGCCGUAUACGAAGUAUUAGAGAAAACAAUGAAGGAUAGGGAAAGUCAUUCUAUGCUUAUUGUUGGACCGAGAGCCAGUGGUAAAAGCGCUAUUGUUAAAAGGGCCUUGUCAGCUUUGCAAGACAAGUAUCACAGUGAAUUUAUUAGUAUAGAAUUGAAUGCUUCAGUCCAUACAGACGAGAAUGCUGCAUUAAGGGAAAUUGCAAGACGGUUGGACAUUAAAGUUCGCGAAAACAACGAAGAAAAUGAUAUAAAGAAUUUCGAAAAUUUCGAAAAAAGAUCAAUUAAUGAUACUUUUGCCAAUAUUCUACAUGUGCUUAGUAGUAGCAAUAGGGUGAAUGACGAGGGUUUGAACAUUCAAUUGAUGCCCAUCAUUUUCAUUAUUGACGAGUUUGAAAAAUUCACAACAAAUAAUCGGCAAACUUUACUAUACAACUUAUUAGAUUUAUCCCAGAAUAGUUUAGUUCCCAUCAGUGUGAUUGGAUUGACUACAAAGAUUAAUGCAAAAGAGUCUCUUGAAAAAAGAGUUAGCAGCAGGUUUUCGCAGAGAAUUGUGUCAACCAAAUACCCUAUUUCAAUAAGCGAAUUCUUGCUGAAUGCAAAGCGUAAUCUUUUGCUCAGUGAAGGCGUUAUAAACUCAUUACGACUGCGGCACUACGGUAUUCAAUGGAAUGAAGAAUUGGAGAAACUUUUCAAUGAUAAAGAGAACCGCCUCGGGUUACUCCAUAAUCAAAAUUUUCAUACCAUGAAGAGUUUUUCUGCUUUAAACAAUAUAUACAAGCUUUUGGUAUCCCGGAUAAACUGCAAUAGUCCAUUUAUCAAAAAAUCGCUGCUAAAUAUGGUAGCCAUGAACUCUCUAAAUGAAAAUUCCCUCCAGUUGGCUAUCACAUCACUUUCAAAAGUUGAAUUAUUAUUGGUGAUUGCUGCAUCUAGGUGGUUAGAAAAGUAUGAUGCUCAAACAAUAAAUUUCAAUUUGGCUUACUUGGAGUAUACCAAAAUGUUCAAAGAUUUGGACACUAAUACAACCACCUCAUCGCUUUCAACCAUGCUAGGUAUGAAAGUUAAUGAACGAAGGUGGUCAAAAGGAGUAUUGCGCAAUAGCUGGGAGGUAUUGUACAAGAGCGGGAUUUUGUUGGACUCCCAAGUAUCAAAUGGAGAAGUUUCGACGCUGGAGUCAAGAAGUAGGAAUACGGUGAUCGACGAGAAUACUAUGUUUGCUCUCGAGAUCUCUCUUGCAGAAUUGAACGCAUUUCUACUGGACGAUCUUUUGCUCAAGAAAUAUUUAACAAUAUAA